AUGCUUAGAGGUAUAAUCUUGUUUCUCUUAAUGGUAUACCACGAAGAUGUUAUUAUAAAAAGUAUUCCUUGUAAAACUUUAAAGGAAAAUGCUAUGUUUUUGAAUGGUUCAAGAUGCAGAGAGUUUGAAGAACGAAAAACCAAGAAAAAGAACUAUUUGGAGUGCAUUAAAAAGAUGAUAAAGAAGAAUCAGUUUCAUGACAGGUGUAUAAUAAAUGUGAAAAGUGGAAAUGGAGGUGAUGGUAUAUGUUGUUUUACAACAUUUUCUCAAAAGAAGAAUAAGAAGUAUGCAUCAGGAGGAAGAGGAGGAAAAGGAGGAGAUAUAUAUUUAAUUGGUAAUAAAAAAAUUGAUAAUUUUUUAAGUGUUAAAUUAAAAUCUUUUUAUUAUGCUGGGAAUGGAGGUAAAGGAUGUAACAAUAAUCAAAAUGGAGAAUGUGGAAAAGAUGAAUAUAUACAUAUACCAAUAAAUACAAUUAUAUAUGAUGAGGACAAAAAUUUUAUUGAUUUUAUUUACAUAAAUUGUCAAAAGGUCUUAGUGGCAAAGGGGGGAAAAGGAGGAAAGGGAAACUAUUCCUAUAGAACGAAAAGCUUGAGAAUACCUUUUGUUUGUCAAUAUGGAGAAAAAACAAAAGAAAAAAAGUUAUUUUUGAAAAAAAUAUUUUUUACAGACUUUGGUAUUAUUGGCUAUCCUAAUGUAGGUAAAAGUACACUAUUAAAUAAAAUUACAAAUGCAAAUGUAAAAAUAGCAAAUUAUAGUUAUACAUCGAAAUUUCCAAAUUUUGGAAUUUUUAAAUGUGAAAAGGGAAGUACACAAGAGGUAGGACGUACUUCGGGGGGGCCAGAUGAUGAGACCGUGGAACAGGUGCAGAGCACACAAUCGGAUAUGAGUAAUAGACCAGAUAACGAGUAUGACAUUCUCGAAGAAGAAUUUAGGGACGAAGUAGUGUGUGAAAUGGGGGAAAACGAGAAUGAUUCAGUAAGCAAUAAUAAUGGUUGGGGUGAUAAUACUGGUUGGGGUGAUAAUACUGGUUGGGACGAUAAUGAUGGCACUUUACGAACGGCUGAAAAAAGCAACUACACAGUGAUUGACUUUCCAGGAAUAAUAAAAAAUUUAGAUAAAAAAGAAUCAAACAUUUCUUUCAAGUACUUGGAGCAUUUAAAAUAUAGUAAAAUAUUAAUCUACAUGUUUGACAUAAAUAGUAAUACUAUAAUUGAAACUUAUGAAAAUAUAAAAAACGUUCUAGUCCAAUACCAUAGCAUCUUUAAAACUAAGAAGGAAGUUGUGGUUUUAAAUAAAAUUGAUAUAUAUAAUAAUAAAGAUAAGGAAAAUAUAAAUUCGCUAAUAAAUUAUGUAAGGGAAAAUAUAAACAUCGAUAAAAUAUUUUGCAUAUCUGCGCUAACAGGAGAGAAUGUUAUAGAGGCGAUUAAUGAAAUGACUCUAUACAUUGAUGAUGAAAAUACAGUAAAUGAAUUUAUAAAAACUUUACCAAAACCAAUGGAUAUUGAGAAAAUAGAAGAUAGCGAUAAUUUUCGUCCAUCUGAGUAUGAAAUUCAUAAAUAUGAUGAACAUAUUUUUAUAAUAAAAGGAAAAUAUAUAGAAAAUCAGGCAAAUAUUUUCAAUUUUUCGAAGUGUGAUAGUUCAAAAGUAUUUAGAAAAAUACUAGAUGAUUUAAACAUAAACACAAAGCUAAAAAAUGUUGGAGCAAGGGAUGGCGAUAAAAUUAUUAUAAGCAACUAUUCGUUCGAUUUCAUUCUCGAGUACUGA